AUGGACGGAGCAACGAACAACGUCCUCCGCCAGAGGAGGAGUAGAAGGAACACUCCUAAGUUUGUUGGACGACCUCGACACAACCUGGCACGCCGCCAGGUACCGCCUCCUCAACCAGUUCCUACGGUACCGGGCUCCGAAUCGAACAGCGACGUUACCGUACCCAGCGUCCCCGGCGCUCCCGACUCUGACUCGGACUCUGGAAACGAGGCUACUCAGCCGCUGCCUCCUGGAGUCGUGCCCCCUCCCGGUGCUGUGCCCCCCGGUGUUGCCCCUCCUCCUGUUGCUCAGGUGGACAGUUCCGACGAUGGUGCCGAUUCGGGAAACGAACAACUUCAGCCAGCACCUUUGCCGCCCCCAGGAUUCCCAACAAACGGCGCUGCUCCACAACUCGGACGGCAACCUGUUGGCCGCUACCUGGAAGCAUGA